AUGGGGGACCCUGGACCCAACAACAAUGGCAUUGCCGUGUUAUCCAGCAUAUUCGCUUCAAUCAUGUCCAUUGGUGUCGUCUUAAACGCAAUAUGGCUGAACCAACAAGCCACCACCCACUGCGAUCAUAUCUUCGACAUACCCUUAAUAAUCAUGUCUUCUUUCCUCAUGGCACUCUCUAUUCUCGGGAUAUAUGGAGCCUUCAUCGGUAUCCAUUGGAUCCUCCUCUACUACGGACGUGCCUUGUUUAUACUCAUCCUCCUCAUGUAUGGUUUAACCGUCAUCGCUCUUGUGGUCACUACCAAGAGCCCCGGAGUGAAAGUCCCCGGCAAGGGCUAUAUGGUUGAAAAUCACCAGAGUUGGCUUAAGAGGAGGGUAAACAAAAAUUGGAACAAGAUUACUAUUUUCCUUCAACAAACCAAGAUUUGUGAUCGUAACCAUAAUGGAACCAAUGCUAACUUAUCCUCUAUACAGUACCACUGUUGCAUGCCGACAAAUGAUUGUUCAAAUUCAACUUCUACAAAUCCUGAUUGCAGUAAGUGGAGUAGCGACGAAAAAAUGUUGUGUUAUGGUUGCGAGUCUUGUAAAAUUGCUUGGACGAAUAGCAUAAGACCGAAUUGGAGGAGGGCGACAAUCACAAAUUUUAUACUUCUUGUCUUUAUUGUUGCCGGCAAUAUAGUGGUCUUUCAUAACGUCCAUCAACCUAUGCCUAUUUCGCGUGUGACCAGAAAUGAAGGAUCAACAACUUUAAAGUCAUGA